UUGCCUGAAUCCACUUCAAUUCUGAAAUGUACUGCCGUGUUCACGUCCUGCAUCGGAGAUCGAAGCCUCGCAUGUGAUAAAGAAAGUGGAAGUGUUUCUCGAAAACAAAUGCCAGCAGCUUAGUAACACACUGUCAUGCGCGAGCUUUGGAACACAAACUUGUUCAGAGGCGACUGAACACACUGAACGCAGGACCACACUCAGUGCCGGGAAUGAAAACAGUCUUCAGAUGCUGAUGCCUCGGGCGGGGAAGGUUUCCUGACUAGAAUUUCUGUAAAGUAUACUACACAGCUUAUUCAGCUGGAUGGUUGCUUGGAUAUAUUGGGUCCUCAUUGGUUCUUUUCUUUAUCAUCUCUCAUCACAUCUAUGGUCUGCUUAUGUCCUUCCCUGUCAAUAGUGUGAACAUGUCUGCUGGAAAGCUCGGAUCUCAUCGAAGUAACUCGCUGUCGGACGAUUUUUCAUUGAUGCCUCUAUCUGUUGUGAAACCAGUCGUUUUUCAACGGUUUAUUUCAGUGGGAUUCGAACUCAGUACUUCGAGUGCAGACGGAAGAAAGCGAAAAGUGUGGAAUAGGCAUGUCUGUGGAAAUCGGGUAUUUUCUUACAGAUGGAUUUCCGCAAACAAGCAGAACUAUCUCACUGGCAUUGACAAAUGGUUUCUUUCCUGCAGGAAGAUUGUGUGUCUCUCGAUUUUUGGUGCAUGGCUAUGAUCGUUUGUCUGGCCUUCAUUUACGAGGAUUACUCUACGCACAUAAAUACAGUCGCCACCUUUUGAUGGUAUUAACGGGUGUGACACCAAUGGGUACGAACAAACCUUCGGGGGGUUUGCAUAGAUGGUUGACCAACUUCUUGACUGCUUGCAGAAUCUUGUUACUCACGGCCGGUUGCCAUCAUGGACGAUAGUUCUUUGACCCCGAUCGUCUGCUGAUAUGUCGAAAAAACAAGGAAUUGGACCUCACUUAUGCCCUUUGCUCGCUCAUCAGAAAAUAAAGUUUCACCCUCUGAAGGAAAUGUUGGUUCUGCUGAGUCAUCUAACUCUUAUUUCAGUAAGCUCAGCGGGAUUCCAGAACUCGGUAUGCCUGGAACCUUUGCCGGUACCCCACGCCUUCCGAAAGUGGAUUCCAGACGCAGACCCCAGGUACGGCAACGUGCGCUACGACUGUAUGGAUGGUUACCAGGCAUCCACCAGAUCCACCACGCGAACGUGUGAGAUGCUGAGCCAAACCGUCUAUGGAUAUUCGGAUGUACACCCUGUGUGUGAAUUGAACUGUAUGGAGGCCAGAAAUAUUUCCGCCGCCAGCAAGGUCUGGAACACCACCCUCGAGGGCGGCCGCACGUCGUACGCGUGUCUGGAGGACUACGGAACUGAUGCAGGAACUGUAGACUGCCUCCCGACUCUCUCUGGCUGGAGCCACAUCUUGCUGUACUGUAAAGCAUCGCUGGACCUACGGACCGCAUCUGCGGUGCAAGACGUUGGUGCGAAGGACACCGCCCCCGCCUCUUUGGCCAUCGACGGUGACCCCGCGACCUGCAGCGCCACCAGAACCGCCUUCCGCCCGCAGCUUAACAUUACACUGGCCGGCUAUCAGGUGGACGUCAUGGCCGUCAGGCUGACACUCAGGCUGGACGCCACAGAUCAGCAGAUCUUAGUUCGAGCGGAGGUCAGUGGCGGAAAGUUAAGCAAGUGCGAUGCGGUCAACGUCAGUCGAGCGGAUGUCGUGAACGGUACGACGCAGGUAAGGUUGCAGUGCUCGCAGUUUCCCAACAAGCCAUUCGGAAACCUCCUGGUCCUCACUGCCACCUUUGGGGACGCUCAAGGCCGCCUGCAGGUCUGUGACGUCGAUGUCAAAGGUCGUCAUCAUUUAGGCACCUGUGACUUCCCAUCACGCAUUUAUCCCCUCCGAUUGGUCAGCAACAGUCUGACGUCAUUCAUGAUCGACAACUUUGUCUCCUACGCGUGUCAAGAUGGCUUCACGCCCAUCAGCGGCUCCGGAAACAUAAGCUGUGGCGUGGACUCACAAUGGACUUCGCCCACGCUUCGAUGCACAGACGAAAUUGACAGAGCAAGCACGGCAAUACUCAACAUAACGAAUACAAGCACUGGGUGGCGUGCGUUUCUUACCUUCGAGCCACAACUCGAAGUCUUCGGUGUGUACGUCACAAAGAAAGGUAACACGACAGUCACCGUGAAGUCACGUGAGGGCGCCACCAGGACCUGCACCGUGACCCAGGAUAGUGACUACAGUAGCUACACUCAGUGCACCCAACGUCCACUUGCAAUGACGGUGGAAGUGCUAGUAAAAGCUAACAGGUUUCAAAAAUCAGACAUCAAGGUCUUCGGCCGGCCUUUUCAAGGAGCCUUGGAGUGCCUACAAACACCAACUGGUACAGAGUACAAAGGACAGUUAAACGUGACUAAAUCCGGGCUCAGCUGUCUCCCGUGGGCAGCAGUCGAUGACUCGCCAUACACAGAAAACAUGUUCCCUGACGACAUUUUCAGCAGACGAGACAACUUUUGCCGCAACCCUAGAGGCGACCGAGCUGCACCAUGGUGCUAUGUCAACCAGAAAAACCUCAGUUUGGAAGAGUGUGACCUACUUAGCUGCGAUGAAUUCUGCAAGGUGAGAGAAGACGGAACAGACUAUAGCGGCAACCUGACUUUGAUGUCCAGCGGCAAGACCUGCAUGAACUGGUCGGACCCACAGUUACCCUUCCGCAGAGGGAACUACUUUCCCGAUCUCGUCUUCAAUCAUCGAUAUUGUCGCAACCCGGCGGCGUCUCAGUCUGCUCCGUGGUGCUACACCACAAGCAGAGCUGGCAUCGUCAGCGAGAUCGAGGCUGUUAAUACAACCGUGACCCUCCCUUACGACCAUUGUGACAUAGCUAGUUGUCCUACCAAUGUCAGUUUUAUCUACCUUGCCCAAGACAACGUUGACAACUCUCCAUAUGCUUCUGUUACUAAAGAAUGUAACGGUGGAGACUUGCGUCACUUCCGGUCAAGCCUGGCCAGUUUUGUACGUCAAAUAUGUUUAAACGCCAGCAACAGGAUUGCAACAACUUUAUGCCUUUUCAAAGACAAAACAAAACAUACGUUUUGGGCUUUCGUUCUCAUUUCAUGUCAAGAUUCUCCGACUGUAACAAUGUCUUCGCUGGAGUCUGAGCCGGAAGCUACGUUAUUCCCGUCACAAGCUUUCAAUUUCUCCCAUCUCGAGCAAGGGACAACGUCAUCCAUGUCAUCUAAUGUGGAUUUGCCUGCUUCACCUGUUAUUCAAACCGGGAUGACAUCAAUUCUAACUGUUAACCUGAUUUCGCCACCUCCGUCUGUUGUGUUUAGCACAGAGAAUGUGGAAGCAGGACAAACGCGUUCUAUGCUCCCUUUCUCUGUCUUGACGUUGAGCGACAGCUUCGAUCCAAAUUCUUUUCUCGCCAACAUGGCAACGUCACUCGCUACUCCUCCUCUGUCUCCACCCUCCGAACGCUCCCUCGCCGUGGGAAGUGAUGUGGCGGCUAACCUUUACAGCGUGAAAGUGUUGCAAAGUCCUGACGACUUUCAAACAUACAUAACUAAUACCCUUGAACCCUUCGUAACGGACACAGUUAUCACAACCCUACCUGUGCCAACCACUGCAUCGACUAGCAACUCUCGGACAAGUAUCAUCACCAUUGUGCCGAGCACGACGUCGGUAGGUGGAGCAUCAGUUGACUCUCCCGCCACCGUCUUGCCCACUCGUGCGUGCGAUGGCACACAACCUUGCCGCUGCAGCUUUUUACACAUCGCUUCAUCGGAAAGAUUGAGCGACCUCGAGUCCUUCACAAGAUCGGUUCAGGAAAGUCUCAGACUGAACACGACGACUCUGUCAAAGAGAAGAAGAAAGCUAACGAGUGCUCAGGACUCGAGACUUUCGUCCAUUGCAGUUGGUUCGUUCGCAGCCGGAGUGCUAGUUUUUACAUGUCUCCUGGUCAGCGCCGGUGACAUCAUAAUCUUAGCUGAAUAUAUUCUCAAUAAACCCCAUCCAAAACAGGAUGAGCAUGAACUGGUAACUUUGGGUUCCAAACGAACUAAAUGAGAGCUUAUGUGUGUUUCUGAAAUAUAUCGAUAAGCCAAGUGUUCAUUAAUUUGCUGUUGCUUGUCUUGAAUUGUGGUUUCGUUGUGUUAAAGAGACAGUAGUUCUGUGAGGACAGCCCAUUAAACUCUCCUUUACACGGGGAAAUGCUCUUUAAAAAUUCGUUAUUGUUUGCUACUGUGACUGCUGAUUUCGUCCCAGCUCCAGAAAGUUGUGUUAUCUCUCUCUCUCGGGCGGUCCAGAGGCGUAACGGUGAUCUAAUACAAUGAGGAUUGGCUGUCCUGGGUUCAGCUUUCGUCUCGGGCAGGCCGUCCAAUCACUCUGCAUGUGGCAUCUGUUUACAGGGCUGGCUGCCUCGUAAUAUAGCCUUAGUUGCUGGCUCGGCGUAAAACACCAGUCCCAACUCUCUCUCUCACA